CGCCAGCAGGUUAGGUUCUGCCUGUAUUUGAGCGCGCUCGGCUGCCCGUGACGUCGCCGGUUGAUGUGUCCUGGUGUUGGAGGUGAGAGGAGCGACUGAGGAUGCUGCUUGACCACCUGAAUAUUUUGUACUUUUCAUGAAAUUUAGAGAAUGUUUCCCGACCGAAUUUUCCUCUAAUGAGGAAUCCUAAAAAUAAAUCACUCAACGCUGGAAGAUUGAUCAAUUGCAUUGCAACCUUUAUCGAUCAAAAUAUAUUUCAGAAUGCCUGGAAAUGUGCGAAGGUUAAGAGAUGAAGAUAUUAACCCAUGUAUUGAGGAAACCGAUGCCUCCAGGAAGUGCCUAGAAGCAAAUAACUACAACAAAGAUAUGUGCAGCUAUUACUUUCUGAGAUAUAAAAUGUGUAGGAAAUUUUGGAAUAACAUCAUGGUGCAAAGAAGAAGUAAUGGUGUUAGACCUGAAAUGCCAACUGCCAAUGAAAGAAGAAAGAUUUUAGAAGAAUACCAGGAGAAGCCCUACUGAUUAAACUCCUUCUUAAAAAGUAAUAAUGUGAAUUGAAUGUAAACUGAAAUAAUAUUGAAAAUGUAAUUUUAUAUCUGAAUAAAGUUUUUACCAAAG